GGAUCCAGUCACACUUACCAAGUUCUCAUGCCCAUCGUUGCCAAAGGCCCAAAAACAGAGCUGGUAACACUCGUGGUAAUCCAGCCUGCUGCGUACUAAGGUUUUGGGGAGGAAAGAAGAAGCAAUAGUUCGUCAAUGGCAGGGUCCACUGGCGGUACAGGUUCAUCGAAUCCCUCUCCGGCUCCACCUCCUCCUAAAAUCCUGUUAGCAAAGCCUGGUCUCGUCACUGGCGGACCAGUUGCCGGAAAGUUCGGACGUGGAGGUUCUGCCGAUGAUGAGACGGCGUCGCUUCGGUCCCGCCUUCCUCCAAUCGGCUCCCUUAACCUCCUCUCUGAUUCCUGGGACUUCCAUAUCGACCGCUUUCUCCCUUUUCUAACCGAGAAUACAGAUUUUACGGUGGUGGGGGUGAUUGGUCCAACCGGGGUGGGCAAGUCUACGAUUAUGAAUGAACUCUAUGGGUUUGAUGCAAGCUCGCCUGUGCAUUGGCUUUCAGGAAUGCUACCACCAUUCGCAAUACAGUCAGAAGAUAUUAAAGCAAUGGCAAAGCAUUGUACUAUGGGCAUUGAACCAAGAAUUUCUGCUGAACGAAUUAUCCUUCUCGAUACCCAGCCUUUAUUUAGUCCUUCUGUUUUAGCUGAGAUUAUGAGACCUGAUGGCUCAUCCACGAUAUCAGUUAUAAGUGGUGAGUCUCUGUCUGCCGAAUUGGCUCAUGAACUUAUGAGUAUUCAGCUUGGCGUUCUACUAGCAUCCAUAUGUCACGUUUUGCUUGUGGUAUCGGAGGGAGCUCAUGAUAACAUGUGGAGAUUGAUAUCAACAGUUGACUUGUUGAAACAUGGCAUACCUGACCCAUCUUCAAUAUUCCCUUCUCAUACCCAGAGCUCAAAUAUGGGGCCUGAAAAGGAAAACAAAGAUAAAGUUAGUAAAAGUGAAGAGUAUAUGGCUGUUCCAAUUUUUGUCCAUACAAAAUUUCAUGACGAAGAUUUCAGUCCACGUAAUUUUUUCCAAAUGAGGAAGUCCAUUUCACACUAUUUCAGCACGUCUUCAUUCAUAAGAGACAAAACUGGAGGCAUUACCAAAGAUCAACCACUUUCAUCUGCGGCUUCUGGUAUUCAGCAUAAUGAUCCCGAUUCCCUGUGGCCGGAUUUGUUCGUUAUUCCACGUAAGAAGAAGGAUGAUUCCCCAAGAGAUCAAUAUGAAAGUUACAUUUCCGCGCUAUGGAAAUUGAGGGACCAGGUUAUAUCCAUGAAUGGCCCUUCUUUUGCAAGGACUGUAUCUGAACGUGAUUGGUUGAAGAAUUCUGCUAAGAUUUGGGAACUUGUGAAAAACUCCCCUAUUAUUGCAGAGUACAGCAGAACACUUCAAAGUUCGGGUCUAUUUAGGAGGUAACCUGCCUAUAUAUAUAUAUAUAUAUAUAUAUAUAUAUAUAUAGUCUUUGCUAAAUCAAACAAUGGGCGGUUUUUAUCUUUUAUUUUUUGGCUCAAUGUAGCUUUUUUUAGCGAUUUUAUUAUAACAGAAAAG